AUGGUUUCCUUCGGCUGCUUGUUUAAAUGCAGAGGUAGAUUUGGUUCUUCUGGGGACAACGGUUUUGGGAGGGGUUGUCUUCUUUAUUCGUCGUGCUACUGGCUUGGUUACGGUUUUUGCGGGCGGUUGAUUAUCGAGGUCUGAACGGCGUCUUGAACUUGCUGUUGGGCGUAGGUAUCUGGGGACGGCCUUAGCCUGUGUUUGGCUCCUGGUUUGGACCACGGUGAAUUAUGUAGCGGAAGGGCGGCGACAGUGACUUUCUUUUUGGUCAAAUUUUGGGUUGUACAACACUUUUGCCAAGGAAUUAAUUAAGCCAGCGACCCCCACAAGUGGGAAUUAAUUAAGGUGCUGACCCUUGGGCUUUUAGACAAUGAAUACUACGGUGGAGUUCGAGGUGCGGACCUCCACUUUUUGUAAUGGUCGACUUAGAGAAUAUAGAUAAAGUUUAUUAGAGAAUAAUUACAAUAGAAUUACAAGAGCAUUAAGAGAGUGGAAGCGCUUCCUCGAAUGAUUUCGAGGACGGCUUAUAUAGUAGAUUAGGUUGUUGUAGUUUGGGUUGCACACAUUCCAAACUUGGUUUUUAUGAACUCAGUUUCUGCUGAGUCACUUUGUGUCCUCAUCCGGUUUCGCAAUCCGGAAGCCAUCGAUCAUUAUUUCUUCAUUGUUUGACGCACGUAAUGCGCGUGGUCAUUAAUCUUGAACUCCUUGGGCGUGGUCUCCUUUGACCACUCCAUUCGUAGUGUAGCGGCGGUUUCCACGUGCUUUCCGCACGGCUUCCAUUAUUUGAUUAUUACAGAAGGAACGUUUAAUAAUAAUUUUAUUUUUCAGGCCGUAUGGCGUCAUCGGAAUACCGAUGUUGUUGCAAUUCACAUGUCCAUGUAAGUCCCUGCGGAUUUUUUAUCCGUCUGUCGGGAAAAUAAUGUGGAGUGGUCGCGCCUUGGAAUCGCCCAUUAUCUUUUUGCGACGGCCUGCCGCGGCUGAUGCUUUAUUGCGCGAUUGCGACGAGACGAAACAUUCUACUGCGACAAAUCCACAUUAUUUCCCCGACGGACAGAUUUUUUUAGACCUUCAGGCAAUUUGAAAUUUAUUGUAAAAUACGGACGGCUUUUUAAUUAGGAUUUUUUUAGAAUGCAGUUAUUGCCACGGCAAUAAUUUCCCUGCUCGGUGGAGGCGUUGCUAUUGUCUUUGUAAUCGCCAGUUUCCUAUGGAUGUUCCUGCCAUUACCGGUGCUGGCCAGUUUCGGCAAUCUUUCACUACUGCUGGGACGAUGCACCAAGACGGCUUGUUUGUAUUGGAUCUACUUCAUCACACAGGUAAUUCAGAAAGUCUUCUCGAUUUUGAAGCUUAGAGAAAGUAGAAAGGGCGCACGUCAAACUGAGAUAAGCUAAAACAUUCCGGUGAAUGGAUUGGCAAUUUGCCAAAAAAAGACGCGAAAAACGCUUUGUCGGGGAAGAAAUGGGGAAUUUUUGGGGCGAGAGAGUACGCUUUUGCGUGUAUUUUUUUCUCUCUUUCUCUGGAAAUCAAGACGAAGUGUAAAAAAACGAUAGCGAAGAGUCUAUUCCGGUCACCGGACUCCUCAGCUUGACGUGGGGCGGUCAGUAGAGGAUAGAUGUCGGGCAAUACAAUGCCAGUCGGGAAAAUAAUGUAGCAAUGUCGUUGCAUCACGUCGCUAAAGUGAAAGGCAAUUUGAUUUUGCUCGUAAUUCAUUUUCUCGGUGAUGGGAUUUUCGAUGCGACCGGCUUAUUAUUUUCCCGACCGACUGACACAUUAUGUAGUAUUGCACAGGCUAACAAUCUGUCCGGAAAAUAAUAUAGGUUUGUCGCAGCAAAAUUUCUCGCCUUAUCGCAGUCGCGCACCAAAUCUCCAGUCGCGGCUAGCCGUCGCAAAGUACUGCUGGUCUCCAACGCGCAAAUAAUCCACUUUAUUUUCCAACCAGACUGAUAGAAAAGGCAAGCUGUGGCAAUGUCAGCGAAAAAAACAGAAAAAACGCGCUGUGUAAUUUCCACGGACUUUGUGUCUCGAGUAUCAGUCUGCCGGGAAAAUAACGAGCACUCUGUCGCAUCGAAAAAUUGCCUCCUCGCUGUGAAACGUUUUAUUCGCAACUUUCCUCCAAAAACUCCCGAUUUCAGGUCCUCUACAUCGCUGGCGUUGGUCUCUGGUGUCUCUACCUCUUCAUAUGGGGUAACGCCAUCGUUGAAGGCGAGUACGACAAAUACUACGACAACCCGCACGUCAAGAAAGGCUUCGGCACCUAUCUGACCGUCCUCGGCUGUCUCGGCGUUGUCUACUUCUUCUUCAAUAUCUACUUCUUCCACAUCGCCGUCAAGUCCUACAAAUAUUUGACCCGAGUCCUGAGCAUUCAAGAAGUCCAUGUGGAUACGGUUGUAGAGGCUCCGCCGGCGCAAAUUCACUCAACAAAUCCGCAACCCACGGCUCCGACCUUCUCGCCGGAAGCUUCGCCGCGCCAGCCGUUGGAUUAUCAGGUUCAGCCGCCGCAAGCGCAAAACUAUCCACCAAGCGAGGCGCCGCCCGCUUAUGAGCAACAACACAUGUAUCCGAUGCUGCCGAAGAGCGAAUUCAGAUAUUAG